AUUUAAGAUAAGCAGUUUGUUUUUCUCGAACAUUUAUUUAUUUUAAAUUAACCAAUGUUUAUUAUUACCGUUUUUUGAUUGUAUUUUAUAAAGCAGAAAUUAUCAUAUCAGUUUCUAUCAGAUUUAUAUAGGAAUUGUGUAAACGGAAUAAAUUAAAACAUAAAAUGUCAAACUUUAUAAGACAAGGAUUGCACAUUGUAAACUUUGCACCAAAAUCGCUCGGUAAAAAUAUCCCAUCAAGUUUCCAACUACGAUAUAGAAAGCCACGUUCUAUGGGCAGAGCUGAGACCAAAGAUGAUAAAUAUUUUACAAAGCACCCUCCUACACCUAAGGACUUGGCAAAAAAUCUUGAGCUGUAUAACAACUACAAUAUAAUCAUGAGGUCCAUCGUUUGUGCUUUCCAAGAGGAAAUGUCAAGGAAAGGAGUCAAAGAAAGUGAUGAAACAAAUACAAGGCUUGAUUUCUGGGAUGAAAAAAGUCACCAUGCCAAAUGCAUGACUUAUAAUGAUAAAAUAAACAAAGAAAUUAAUGAACAAAGAAUGCAACGAAUAAAAGAGCAAUGGAAACAAUGGGAAAUCGAAUUUGCAGAAGCAGCAAAAGCAAAAGAGGAUGCUAAACUAAAAGAACAGAUUGAAGAAAUAAAAAAAGAAUCCGAAAACUGGUUGACAAUGGAAAAUAUGGAAAAAUUAAUAACAGAAGCAAUAGACAAUCCUAUUAAUUAUAAUUUCUCUGUUACAAAGAAGGGAAUCAUACAUACAAGGACCCCACAAGUUUUGUGACAACGCAAAGUUUAGUUUUAGUAAACAAGUUGUGUUAUUAAAAUGUCGCUUAAUUGGCUAAUAUUUUGUUUAUUUUGCCAUUAUUAUGUAAUAUUGACAAUCUUGACUGCAGUGAUUUAGCCAUUAGGCUUAUCCCAUAUGUUAUGGUAUUUUGCUACAAAUCCGCAACUGCUAAAACACUAUGUGAAGGUUCUGUGCCAUUCAUAUUUAAUUAUAUUAGUUUUCUAUUAUUUACAGAAA